AUGAAAGUAUUAGUAGGAGUCAAGAGAGUCCUUGAUUAUAGCAUCAAGGUCAGACCUAAUGCAGCCAAGACUGCUGUUGACCUCAAGGGAGCUAAGAUUAUGAAUCCUUUCUGUGAGAUUGCUGUAGAGGAAGCUAUUCAAAUGAAGGAAAAGAAGAAGGCUAAGGAAGUUAUUGCUGUAAGUAUCGGAGACAAAACAGCAGCUGAGACUAUUAGAGCUGCUCUCGCUAUGGGUGCUGAUAGAGGUAUUCAUGUCCUCACUAACCAAAGAAUUGAUUCUGAUUUGCAACCCCUCGCAGUUGCUAAAAUUUUCAAGCAUGUGUUUGAGGAGAACAAAACAGAUCUUGUUCUUUUAGGAAAGCAAUCAAUUGAUGACGAUGCUAACCAGACAGGACAGAUCCUUGCAGCAAUGCUGGAUGUUCCUCAGGCUACCUUCGCCAGUGAAAUCGAAUUUGCUGAUGAUGGUGACUUGAUUGUCACAAGAGAGAUUGACGCAGGACUUCAAAAAGUAAAAAUCUCAGUCCCAUCUGUGAUAACUUGUGAUUUGAGGUUGAAUCAGCCAAGAUUUGCGAAAAUCCCAGAUAUUAUCAAAGCUAAGAGGAAGAAGAUCCAGACCUUGAAGUUAGAGAAACUUGACAUUGAUACUGAACCAAGAGCUAAGACUAUAAAAGUAGACAAUCCUGAAGUUAGAGAGGGAGGAGUAAUGGUCGAUAAUGUUGAUGACCUUAUGAGCAAGCUUAGAGAAGAUAAGAUUAUCUAA